GAGGAGCGUGGCGGCGUAGUUGGGCGGGUCUUUGAGCUCAAUUCCACCGUGUGCCGACAAAAGUAACUGCAAGGCUUGUGAAAGAUUUACCAUUGAUUUCAUUGCGCUCGCAACUUUCCCAUUUCCUUCUCCAAACCUCCAACCAUGUCUCUCGCCGAUUACCUAGCAAAGAACUACCUCACCGCCGACUCAGACAAGAAAUCCAAAAAGCGCAAGCGGAAACACAACGGCGGGCUCAAGAUCGACGAAGAUGACAUCUCAGGCUGGAACAAAGGUGCAGACGACGACGACGAAGAUGCGCCGACAAUCGCCGGCAUGACAAUCUCCUCGAAAAAGUCCAAGAAAAAGUCCAAACCAGCAGCCGACACCGCCGCCGCAGGCUGGACAACCGUCGGCGUCGCCCCGCCCUCGCACGCCGAACAACUCGCCGCCGACCAAGCCGCCGCCGACGCAAUCAUAUCCUCCACCGCCGCGGACCGGCAAGCCGCCGCGGCCGCCGAAGACGAAGCUCCAGAAAUGGUAGACACGGAGGGCGUAUUCAUGGAGUCGGGCGCGAAAGCGGGCCUGCAGACCGCCGCGCAGGUAGCCGCGGCCAUGAAAAAAAAGCAUGAGGAGGAGAAGAAAAAAGCGGCGGAGGUGGCGAAGGAGGGCGGCGCGGGGGAGACCAUCUAUCGAGACGCGAGCGGGCGGGUGAUUAACGUGGCGAUGAAGCGCGCGGAGGCGCGGAAGAAGGCCGAGGAGGAGGAGCGCAAGAAGCUGGAGAAGGAGAAGGCGGCGCGGGGCGACGUGCAGAAUGCGGAGGCGGCGAAAAGGAAGCAGCAGCUGCAGGAUGCGAAGGGCUUGACUAUCGCGCGGUAUGCGGACGAUGCGGAGCUCAAUGAUGAGCUGAAGGAGCAGGGCCGCUGGAAUGAUCCCGCCGCGGGCUUCUUGCGCAGGAAGAAAGCUGGACGGAGUAUCACGGGGAAGCCGCUCUACAAAGGUGCAUUCCAGCCGAAUCGAUAUGGUAUCCGCCCGGGGCAUAGGUGGGAUGGUGUGGACAGGGGCAAUGGGUUCGAGAGCGAGUGGUUUAAAUCAAGAAACCGCAAAGCAAACAUUGAGAGGAUGGAGUACGCCUGGCAAAUGGACGAAUAAUGAACGGGGGUUUGAGCAAACGAUUGCAUUUGCCUUUACUUGCAUAGUGCGGCGUUGAUAAGUGUCUUUACGGUUCUAAAGCAUCCCCUUUUGAGACUGGGUACCUAACUGAUAACUGCGUGUGUAAAUGGUACAUCUUCCCCACUUCUCUCUUUCUAUAUUGAUCUGUAUCUGCACGGCAGGAGAUUCCGACUCCCCAAGCCUCAGCAAGAAGAAAGAAUGGCGCU